ACCCUUAGCAUUAGCAGUAGCUACUCGGUUGAAUGGGAGUAGCUUUAUAGACUCGUUCGCUUGUUCGUUCUCAGGGGGAUAUAUCAAAAGAAUCGUUACAUUUUGUUAACAAGUUGAAACUUCCAGGCGACAGCCGAAAUUCCCCCCCCCGAGAUAUAUCUAUAUUACACUCGACGUAAACCUGCAUUCAGUGCCUGGAAUGAGCGUAGAUGCUGAUUGUUGUACAUCACCAUUUAUCGCUAACGUAGCGGACGGCUGGCCCUUUUAGCAAGCUACUGUUAGCCUCGCCGUCGGUCUGUCGGGGUUAGGAGCAUUUGUAUUUUAAAAAUCAGGCUCUUCUGUCGCGUCGUCAUGGGCGAAGUGGAGCUGUCGUGCCGGGCGUACGUAAAGAUGUAUCUGCACGCCUGCCUUUUCCCCCGCUGCAGCGUCAACGGGCUGCUGUUGUCCUCCAGCCCGACAGGGGGCGCCGUCUGCGUGACCGACUGCGUGCCGCUGCUGCACUCGCACCUGUCCCUGGCGCCCGUCACCCAGCUGGCCCUCACACAGGUGGACGUGUGGUGCUCGCAGACACAGCAAAGGAUUGUGGGAUACUAUCAAGCCAAUGCCUGCGUGUCAGACAGCAGCCCAACUCAAGGAGCCCUGAAGAUCGCAGAUAAGAUCGCCGAGCAGUUCAACGGCGCCGUUCUGCUCAUGCUGGAUGGUGGCAAAAUGUCUCCAGACUAUCAGGUCCCUCCCAUUGUCAUGUACGAGCGCAAGGACUCAAGAUGGACGCUCAAAGACAAGCACACGAUCAUGCUGAGGCAGUGGGAGGAGACCCGCUCGAUUGCCGGCCAGAUGCUGGAGUCGGGCGACCACUCGCUCUUGGUGGAUUUUGACAGCCACCUGGAUGACAUCACCAGAGACUGGACCAAUCAGAAGCUGAACGGCAAGAUCGCCGAGCUGGCCUCGCCGGCCAAUGGGAACAUCUAAACGGCGCCUGCUCCACGGUCGGCACGGCGAGGCUGAGCGUGAUCUCGUCCAGCGGCGACUGCAGGAGGGUGAAGGACUCCACGAUGGAGUGAGCGCUUUGGACCUGCUGCUCGGCCCACGGCAGCCUCACCUGAACACCAGGACGGAGAACAAGUGAAAAAUAAAAAUGAAUUGAAGAGUUUAGAGGCAGACGUACAAACAGCUAGUCCACGACAUCUCCAGGCGCUCAAGUACCUGUACCUGAACAAUGAUGAAUUUUCCGGACGGAUCUUCGGAGCCGCUCAGUUCUUCUCCAAAGCAAAGAGUGAGGCUGGACUGCGGCGGCUCGCCACCGUUCACACGGAAGUCAUCCAGCUCUGAAACAAUAAAAAGUGGGAUGAAAAAACGAGAAGUUGAUCCUCCCACGUUCAUGUGAUUGCCAGUCAGCCAUUGAUGCCGACUUUUGUUGCAAGAUUUAGCAAACUUUCAGACUACCAUAGCUACUUUUCCCACUAAAUACAACAAAAUUAGCUACUUGGAAAAUUUGUUUAUUUCAACAAAUGGUGAAACAACACAGAAUAUAUGCCUGUGAGUAUGGUAUAUUAUUGUGUAUUAUAUUCUUUAUCCUCCUCGAAAAACAACUAAUAUUACUGCAGCUUACUGAGCAGUUCUGAUCGUCUUCUUAGCAGGUUAAAUGACACUAGUGAGCACUCCGGUUUUCUCCCACAUCCCAAAAACAUACAUGGUAGGUUAAUUGAAGACUCUAAAUUGCCCAUAGGUAUGAAUGUGAGUGCGAAUGGUUGUUUGUUUGUAUGUGCUCUGCGAUUGGCUGGCAACCAGUUCACGGUGUACCCCGCCUCCUGCCCGAUGAUAGCUGGGAUAGGCUCCAGCACUCCCGCGACCCUAGUGAGGAGAAGCGGCUCAGAAAAAUGGGUAUUAUAUUGCGUGUGCCUUGGCCACCAGGGCGCAGUAUACUGUUCCCAUAAAUAAGUGAAGAUAGCCACUUCUAAGCUCAUUAAACUGUAUUAAUCAUUUUACACAGAUAAUACUUGCCAGUGAAUAUUGCCGUAUUGUAUGUGUUGCUACCACUUGUGUUGCCAUAUUAGUUGUACAACCCCAAUUCAAAUGAAGUUGGGACGUUGUGUUAAACAACAGAAAAAUUAUUUGCAAAUCAUGUUCAACCUAUAUUUAGUUGAAUACACCACAAAGAUAAGAUAUUUAAUGUUCAAACUGAUAAACUUUGUUUUUAGCAAAUAAUCAUUAACUUGGAAUUUUAUGGUUGCAACACGUUCCAAAAAAGACUGAGAAAGUUGAGGAAUUCUCAACAUCCCACAGGUGAACAGGCUAAUUGGAAACAGGUGGGUGCCAUGAUUUGGUAUAAAAGGAACAUCCCUGAAUUGCUCAUUCAUUCACAAGCAAAGAUGGAGCGAGGUUCACCUCUUUGUGAACAAGUGCGUGAGAAAAUAGUCAAACAGUUUAAGGACAAUGUUCCUCAAUGUACAAUUGCAAGGAAUUUAGGCAUUACAUCAUCUACGGUCCAUAAUAUCAUCAAAAGGUUCAGAGAAUCUGGAGAAAUCACUGCAUGUAAGCGCCAAGGCUGAAAACCAACAUGAAAUGCCCGUGACCUUCGAUCCCUCAGGCGGCACUGCAUCGAAAACCGACAUCAAUGUGUAAAGGAUAUCGACACACAGGCUCAGGAACAUCCGGACUGUUAUAGACGCAAAGUUCAAAAGCCAGCAUCUGUAAUGGUAUGGGGCUGUGUUAGCGCCAAUGGCAUGGGUAACUUACACCUCUGUGAAGGCACCAUUCAUGUUGAAAGGUACAUACAGGUUUUGGAGAAACAUAUGCUGCCAUCCAAGCAACGUCUUUUUCAUGGACGCCCCUGCUCAUUUCAGCAAGACAAUGCCAAACCACAUUCUGCACGUGUUACAACAGCUUCAUAGUAAAAGAGUGUGUGUACUAGACUGGCCUGCCUGCAGUCCAGACUUGUCUCCCAUUGAAAAUGCGUGUCGCAUUACGAAGCGUAAAAUACGACAAUGCAGACCCCGGACUGUUGAACAGCUGAAACUGUACAUCAAGCAAGAAUGGGAAAGAAUUCCACCAACAAAGCUUGAACAAUUAGUGUCCUCAGUUCCCAAACGUUUAUUGAAUGUUGUUAAAAGGUGAUGUAACACAGUGGUAAACAUGACCUUGUCCCAGCUUUUUUGGAACGUGUUGCAGCCAUAAAAUUGAUUAAAGUUAAUGAUUAUUUGCUAAAACAAUAAAGUUUAUCAGUUUGAACAUUAAAUAUCUUGUCUUUGUAGUGUAUUCAAUUAAAUAUAGGUUGAACACGAUUUGCAAAUCAUUGUAUUCUGUUUUUAUUUAUGUUUAACACAACGUCCCAACUUAAUUGGAAUUGGGGUUGUAUAAAGGGUUAAAAGUAGUGCGACAUUGAUGCUAGUUUCGUUAGACCGUCUAUGGCGUUUUGCUUUGUGUGUGAGCAUUGAGCUAAAGUUUUGUCUGUUAUGUUGUUUAAUUAAAUACAAAACGUGUAAUCAUUGUGUUUUAAGGUUGGGUUUUACAAUAAACCUCCACUGGGAAUGGCUUUGAGAUAAUGUCUGCUAUCUGCUGCUCAUCGUGAAGUUCGCUGCUGUGCUCGUGACUUCACCCCCCCCCUCAUGUUUGAGUAGAUACUGAAGCAGAAGAAUCCAAAUAAGUUGACACUCACGUUGCUUGAAGGUGUCUUUGCUGAAGAGCAGGACUGGCUCGGAGUUCCUCUCCAUCUUGCGCAGGCCGGGCGAGGAAGUGUGCGGCCCCGUCCAGAAGACCCGGCCCCGGCAGAAGCGUCGGCCGUAGACGCCCUGCUGGGUGGACGUUAGCGCCACGCCCUUCUCCAUGAAGGGCAGCAGGGAGAGUAACGCCGCCCUGUCGUCGGGCAGCGAGGGCGGCGGCUCCGGCAGGUGGAUGCGCGGGAAGCAGACGUCGGGGGCCGGCGUGGGUGGCACGGGCGAGGACGACGGCACGUACAGGACCCGCACGUCGGGCCCGUGGAUGUGACGCGUCAGCACUUUCUGGCCCAAAUAGUGCACCGCUAUGUGCAACGAGUCCUUGUCUGCGCAGCGCACCACAUAAC